CGUGGUUUCAUUCACUCUUCAUGAAUACCACGGUGCCGUCUCUAUGCUGUGGUAUUUUCUCUCAUUUCAUCAGCCAUGAACGCUCGCAGAGGGGGGAUUGAUAUCCUCACUCAGAGUCCUUGGAACACUGCAUCGAGCAGCCACUAUGACACUGUGAUGCAGCACCUGCAGAACAGUUCAAGCCUAGCUUACAUCUUAGUGACGGUGAUAUCGGUUUAUUUUAUACUCAACCACUUCAGAUCCGUCCUCGUCCCGUUGGCCCGCGUCCUCUGGGACAUCCUUGUCUAUUUGACGCCCUCCAGAAUUGUCGCCGCUUUGGAUCCGCAGGCGACAAAGUCAGACUCCGCUACCGAGGUCCCUUCUUUGAACUUUUCAGCCAAGAGCGAAGCGAUGCAACGGAUUUUCGGACUGGACAACUCCUCGUCUUUUUCCUCUCUUUUCCCCGGGUCAACUACACUCUCGGGUCUCGGCACUGCGAUCUUGGGAAACAAGGAUACCUUGCCGCCGGGCUUGGGGAACUGGGACAAUUCUUGCUAUCAGAAUAGUAUCAUCCAAGGACUGGCGUCGCUCAGAUCCUUGGAUGAAUUCUUGGAGCGCAAUAUUCAACUUCUGGCGGAGAAGGGGCUGCUGUCGACACACCAGGCCUUGAAGGAUAUUAUCGAACGACUGAACAGCGCGGCCUGUUAUGGCCAGCGAUUGUGGACGCCAGCGGACCUGAAAUCGAUGAGUAGCUGGCAGCAGCAAGAUGCGCAGGAAUACUUUGCGAAAGUGGUGGACCAGGUGGAUCUCGAAGUGCAUCAGGCCACGAAGCGUCAGACUCGAAACUUGGGUUUAAAGAUGGCAGGGCCACAGGAGCAUGUAAUCGGGUCUGAAUCCCUUCCUGAAGAGCAUGACGUCGCUCCUGCAGCAGGCCAACCCCAUGAGCCGCCCUCUUUCCGAAAUCCGCUGGAAGGUCUUCUUGCGCAGAGGGUGGGCUGCAUGAAGUGUGGUUGGACCGAGGGUCUUUCUCUCAUCCCAUUCAACUGCCUGACUGUACCUCUUGGCGCGAGCUACGCAUAUGAUGUUCAGGAUUGCCUGCAUGACUAUAUGAACCUUGAGCCGAUCGAGGGAGUGGAAUGCGCCAAGUGUACGUUGUUGCACGCGCAAGACCAACUUCAGAACCUGCUUCAGCAGAUUGAAGAUGAUGAGGGACUGAGCAACACGCCCGACUCGCCCAAAUUGUCAGAUGCUCUCCGGAGAUCGGCACAGGAGCGAUUGAAAGCUGUGCAGGAAGCGCUCGAAGAGGAAGAUUUUUCGGAGAAAAUCCUGUCCAAGAAAUGCCACAUACCCGCGAAGAAUCGCGUCUGCUCCACCAAGUCAAGGCAGGCUGUCAUCGCAAGGCCACCGAAAUGCCUUUCAAUCCACAUCAACCGAAGUUUGUUCGACGAGAACACCGGCAUGCUUCGGAAAAACUACGCUGCAGUCCGAUUCCCCAAAAUGCUCGACUUGAGUGAAUGGUGUUUGGGGAAAGAUUCUACAGUUGCCGCCGACAAACACACGGAACAAUGGGAUACCGACCCUCGCGAGUCAAUGCUUCCGCCCGCCGACAGAGUUACGGAUUCUUUUGGCCGCCAGUAUGAACUACGAGCAGUAGUCACACAUUACGGUCGCCAUGAGAACGGACACUACAUUUGUUAUAGAAAGUACUCGACAGAGACUUUCCCCGUGGAAGUUCCGGAGUCUGUCCUGGAGGCAGAUGGAGAUAAGGAGAAGUCGGAGCGUUGGUACAGACUCAGUGACGAAGAUGUGCAGAUGGUCAGCGAAUCCAACGUGAUGAACCAGGGCGGCGUCUUUAUGCUCUUCUAUGAAGCCGUGGGGCCGCACUCUGGGUCGACAGAUUUCGAAGAACCCGACACCACCGAAGUCGAAGAAUCUACAUCCACACCCGAAGACAUGUCCACCGGAUCUACGCGGUCUACUGCCACAGAGGGGUCUUUCUCCGGCACUUCGCGGGCGACCAGCGUGUCAGCUCCUGAACCGGCCACCGAGAAAUUCCCACCAUACUCCGAGAUCGAAUGAUGGCCUCUGUUCGCGCAGAUUGUUCUCACUUCCGUUGGUUUGGCACCAUGCCAGCGGGAUUAUGUAUACCAAGCGUUCUAUGAUACCCCGGAGGUGCAGUUUUGCAACGUACAAGGCGUUGACAGUUAUUCUUUGCUCAAUGGCCUUUGUUGGAAGGAUUGAGAAGUAUUUUAUGGAGUGAUCCAGUUUACCAGAUGUAUUUCUAGCAGCGAUAAUGCAUUAAGCUUAUUUGAAACACGAUGC